AUGUCUACACCACCGACCUUCUCAUCGGCCGUCUUUCCCACAAGCCUCUACAUCGCAACCAUUGUACUAUACUCCAUCCUUAUCGUACCUACCUGUUACAUCUGGCGCCGCCAUGGCAGACCGGGUUUCCUAGCUUAUAACUUCGUUUAUGCAUUCUGCGCCAUCCGCAUUGCUGGCGGUGCGCUGUCAGUCGUCGCUGUCCACAAUCCCGAUCUCGAAACCAGUGCUACCAUUGUCAAUAGCUUGGCAAUCUCACCACUACUUCUUGCUGACCUUGGAUUCUUGCACCAGGCACGCAAUGCUCGUAUUGCGGAUCUGAAUCCAAGGCGCGAGUGGAUGUUUGUGGGUGUUUUGCAUGGUCUAGUGACUACGGCUAUUGUGCUGGUGGUCAUUGCUAUUGUCAAUGUGGUCAAAGGUGUAUCGACAACCCAAGACUCUGGGCUCAUCAAAGCCGGUCUGGCUGUUUUGGUGGUGGCAUAUGUGGUUUUGCUCGCUUGGACGACAAGUUCUCUGCGCCACCCUGCUCGAUCAACGAAUGAGACUUUCAUCGAUGGGACAGUGGUAAGUUUCCUUGAACCCUACUUUCUCUCUGCACAGUGCUGA